AUGUCUGGUUUGGAGGUUUUCCAAGCCAUAGCCGCUGUUGAUGGCUUGGUGAAGGGCAUAGAUAUGGUUGGUAUCUACGUCCGUGAUGUCUGGAAAUAUGAAGAGCAGCAGGGGGAAAUGCGGAAAACGCUAGAUAGUAUGAAAGACAGUCUGCAAUCCCUUUACAGUCGGAAGGCAGAGAUGGAAGCACACGCGAAGAAAGACAUACUGUUUAGUGACUUCUUAAAAGUCGUCAGAAGUGGAGCUCUGGAGAACAUCAAAGAAAACCUGGAUGGGCUUGAAAAGGCACUGAAGCCAAGGAAGAGCUUCAAAAAAGCUCUUAACCACACGAUUUGGACCGUCUACAAGCGAAAAAUAAAUUCACUGCUCUCUGCAAUCGAGCAGAUUGCCUCGCGAAUUAGAAAUGCACUUCAGGCUGAUCACCUCAGUAUCUCUUUGGAUACCAAUCAAGGGAUGGACGAGAGCAGAGCCUUCUUCGCAGCGCAGAAGAGAAAAGACGAGGAAAAGGACUUAGAAAAGAAUCGAAAGGUUCGUGAGCAGAAGAGCCAAGAUAUUGUAGCUUGGUUGCCAAAAUUGGAUUUCGAGGCAAGGCACCAGGAGAUUCUGGAGCAGAGCAUCGAGAUGGGACACGACAUCUUCAAAUCCACCGAGUUCGACUCGUGGCGCAGCAACGUCCGGCCGUGGCUCCUCUCUUGUUGGGCAGAUGCAGGUGCAGGCAAGACCAUGCUAAGUACGCGGAUCAUUGAGCAUCUUCGCACGUAUCAAAAUGAACAUCACAAAGGCAAGAAAAUCCCAAUACUUUGUGCCUAUCUCAACCACAAAGAGCAGGACAAACAAUCGCUCAGUAAUAUCUUGGGCAGUUUGCUAAAGCAACUGAUACUGUAUACAAAGCCUGCAUCUUGCUCUGAUGAUCUUGUUAAAGCUUAUGACGCAAAGUGGCCAUCACGGUUUGAUGAGAGGGAGAUGGCGAACGCUUUCCGCAGAGAAAUAUUGGAAUUCGAUAGAGUCAUGAUAGUUGCGGAUGCGCUCGAUGAAAGCUUUGAUGGUAGUGGCUAUCGCUUCCUCGAGGCCAUGGCCGCGCUACCAAUGGACAAAGUCAGUGUGUUGACUACAUCCAGGGGUGAUGUACCGUUUACCUUGAGGACUAAAGAAUGUGACCAGUGUGAUAGAGGCCCAUUCAGCCUUUAUUACAGCUGCCAAAAUUGUCGUCCACCAAUAGAGGUGGACAUAUGUUAUGAUUGCAAGCUCAAGAAAAGAGGCUGCCCAAAUAAUCUAGCACAUGAAUUGAAGGAACCUAAUGAUGAAGUUGUUCUGGACAUCGCACCGUCAAAUGACAAUAUCAAAGCCUACGUUAAGGGCGAACUACAUAAAGAGGCUACCGCCACUCGCCCAGGCCGCGUAAACAGCGCACCUCAUCUCACUCGACGAACAAGUACAACAAGAUUCGGGAGACUGUGCGAACAAGAUCGAAAACUGGAGCAAGAUGUCAUUGACACGAUCUGCGAUCGUGCAGACGGUAAAUUCAUGAUGGCCAAGCUUUAUGUCAAAACCAUCAAGGAUCAAGCCAGCAUUGGAGAGAUCCGACGGGCGUUGGGAAAAUUACCAAAAGGGUACAGUCAGACCUAUCAGUCCACGAUGGAGAGAAUUCAAGAGGAAAGUAGGGCUUUCAAACGCGCAACAAGGAUUCUAUCAUGGAUAGUGUUUGCAAAGCGACCCCUGACUAUGGCUGAGUUACAACAUGCGCUUGCUACCGACGUCGAUGAUGGUUACCAACAAGACGAGGAGUAUCCUCGCGACACGAUCGUCGAAGACAUUGCUGGCCUCAUAUAUAUUGGUAGCGAUGAUACUGUGCGGCUUGAUCAUUACACUCUACAGGAGUAUUUCAACGGAGAUGGUCACCAUUGGCUUCAUGCUGGUUUCUCGACUCUCAUCACUCGAGUGUCACUUGCCUACAUCAAUGUGAAGGCCAUUUACGCACCACUGGGAUCGUCUGAGGACGCAGAACUUGCGAAACGAGAGAAAUUGUACCCUUUCAUGAGCUAUGCUAACGGCUACUGGGGGUAUCACGCAAGAACAGCCGAAACGAACGAGCACGAGACGAGCGACGCAGAAGCACUACAAAGUGCAAUCAUCGCUUUCUUGCAGGAUGACGAUCGAUUGUCAACGUUCGUCAAAGCAUUCUGGUACCUGGAGACGCCUGAAUCGUCAAGAUGGGAAAUUCGCAAGGGAGCAACAGCACUUCACCUGGCGGCUUGGUUUGGACUCGCAAGCAUUCUCCCAGCACUAGUAAAGCACAUAUACGUAGAUUCGCAAGAUCCUGGGCAUCGUUUAACGGCACUGAUGUGUGCAUCUCGGCGUGGCCACGCUGCGACAGUAACACAACUGCUCGCGCUCGAAGCUUCCCCAAAUAAGAAGAGUGCUCGAGGCAGGACAGCUAUGUAUGAGGCGGUCACGGGUGAUCAUCUGGAAAUCGUCAAGAUCUUGCUCGAUGAUGACGUGGACCUGGAACAAGAGUUCCCAUGGGACUUCAACCGUACCAUCUUGAUGGUUGUUGCGCAGCUUGCAAAGAUCUCAAUUGUAGACCCGCUCCUCGAACAAAAGCCGAACCUCAAUCACCGGGAUACUCUUGGCUUGACAGCAUUGUCACUUGCCUGCUCGUUAGGCCAACAAGGCCACAUUGACAUUGUUGAGAAGCUUCUGGGCAGCGAUAUCGAUAUCGACAUCAAUGCUACGAUGGCAAAUGGUGGUACUGCUCUUAAUGCAGUAGCAGCGUACGUCCCAUCAGAAAACGGCAGAAUCAUUGCAUUGAUCUUGCUGGAGAAGGGUGCCGAUCCAGAGCACACGAGUAACAGAGGUGAGACAUCCCUCUUUCGUGCAGCUGCGGAUGGCAAUCUUCACGUCCUCGAAGCUAUCUUGGAAGAGAGAAGUGAGUUGCUACACAAAAUAGAUGGGCAAGGACGAACGCUCCUGCAUGCGUCAGUGAGUAGUGGAGAGCUCGAAGUCGCCGAAUAUUUAGUCAGCAGAGAGAUCAAGAAAGAAGCUCGUGACCACGACGGACGAACUGCCCUCCACGAAGCUGCUCGGGUCGGAACCAAGGCAUUCGUAGAGUACCUCCUCAGUCUCGACCUCGACGUCAAGCUCGAAGACAAAUGGUCCCGCACACCAGCAGUAAUCGCCUGGCAAAACGGACAAACAGACCUUCUUCCUCUCCUAGCCCCUUCCCACAAGCCAAACCAAGCAUUAUCCUCAAAACACAUCCUCGACGACGCCACCCUACCGCUCUGGUCCCUCGCCAAGCUCGGCCGCGAGGACCUCAUCACCGCCCGCCUUUCCUUCCUCUCCCCAACCCCAUCGCUGAUAGACUUCGCCCCAAAUCCAGACACAGGCGACACGCCAAUCCACUGCGCCAUCGCCUCUUCCCAACCUUCAAUCUUGAAGCUGCUCCUAUCUACCACUCCUUAUACUGCCCUAGACAACACAGCUCAUCCCAUCAACGCGCGUAACUUCCUCGCUCGCACACCCCUGCACGAAGCCAUCUCCACCUCCUCCCUCCCCCUCCUAAACCUCCUACUCGCGAACGAUCCGCAACCGGAUCUCAACGCCAUCGACAUCGAUGGCUCCACGCCCCUCUGGCUAGAUUUCACGCCCCCGAUUUCGAUUUCUGCGUGUGGCAUCGCCCUCCUCGCCGCCGGCGCCACAUUAGAAAACAACGCCAUGAUAACCCCCUACUUCUUCGCCGCCAUCCAGCACGGCAACCUCGCCGCCGUCGAAUCCAUCAUCAGGAACUACGCCGCUGCAGGCGGGGGCCUGUUGCAGGCGAAGAACGCCCAGGGAAGGAGUGGGCUGCAGGUCGCUAAGGCGAGUGGAUGGGGGGAAAUCGUCAGGGUUUUGACCGUUAAUAAGAGUUUGUAUUAUGAUAGUGGGGUGGGGGAGGGGGGAGAGGUGGGGGAGGGGCUGGGUAGUGUGAGUUUGAGAGGCCCGUUGAGUCCGCCUGAGGAUGCUUUUGAUGAUGAUGAGGAGGAGGAGGAGGAGGAAGUGGGGCGUGGAGGGAGACAAGAAGGGGAGCGGAUGGAGGAGGGAAAGGGAAAGGGAAAGGGGAAGGGGAAGGUAGUGAGCUGGCCGGACGUGCCAGCGACGGAGCCAGCGGGAGGCUUGGGGUUGGAUUUGGAGGGGAAAGUUGGGAGGAUGGCCUUGGAGGAGACAUGA